CGUCGCAAAAUAUUCAAAUGAGCAGCUGUUGAAAGCCCUCCAAGCGGUCAAAAAUGGUUCAACACAAUUUGCUGCUGCUAAAACGUACGGUGUUCCAAGAUCAACUCUGCACAAUAAAAUAUCCGGCAAGUCAAAGAUUGGUAAAAAAUCUGGACCUGGAACUGUUUUAUCGUGCAAGGAGGAGAAGUGCAUUGAAAAUUGGUUGAUUUGUUUGGCGGAACGGGGCUUUCCAGUCGUUAAACGGCAGCUUUUGCGCUCAAUUCAGCUUUAUUUGAACGCGAAUAAACGAAACACUCCAUUUUGCAACAAUUAUCCUGGGCGAAAGUGGUAUAAAAACUUCCUGAAGAGACAUCCGAUCAUUGCAAAAAGACUCGCACAAAAUCUCAUCAAAUCACGAGCUGCUGUAACUGAAAAUCAACUGAAAACUUGGCAUGCAGAAGUACGCAAGUACUGUGAAGAGCACAGCCUUUUGGAAGCGCUCAAUGACCCAAUGCGUGUUUUCAACAUGGACGAAAAAGGAUUCAUUUUAUCACCGAAAAACGAAGUGGUCUUAGCCAAGCGUGGUCAAAGGGCGGUCUACAAUCGUUCACAAAACGAUGAGAAGGAAUGUGUGACGGCCUUGCUCGGUGGGAACGCCGCUGGAAUUCAAACGCCUCCGAUGCUAGUCUAUGCCUACAAACGCAUGCCAUCCAAUAUUUUGCUCAACUUGCCAGCGGACUGGAGUGUAGGCAUUUCCGACAACGGGUGGCAAACUCAAAAUACAUUCAUGGAUUACAUCAGCAAUGUCUUUUGCAAGUGGUUGACCGAAUCAAACAUCAAAUUACCAGUCAUACUGUUUAUCGACGGUCACAAGUCACACAUUUCACUUACUCUCAGCGAGUUCUGUUCCGCUCAUCAAAUUGAGCUGGUUGCAUUGUACCCGAAUGCGACACACAUCAUUCAGCCAAUGGAUGUAGUUGUCUUCAAGCCUCUGGGUGCAGCUUGGGAAAUAAAAUUGAAAGAUUGGAAAAUCAAUCACGAAUUUGCCAAAAUCGAUAAAAAAGACAUUGCCCCAAUUCUAAGUGAAUCGAUAAAGGCAGUUGAUUAUGCUGGACUUCUGCAAACCGGCUUCAAACGUUGUGGUCUGUUUCCGUUCGAUGUCGCAAAUAUAAACUUCUCCAGAUUGCUACCUCCAACGACCAAUGACAUUUCAGAGGAUCAACUUUUGAAUGAUGACGAUUCUACCGAACCAAAUCCGGUUGAAAGCAAGCAAAGAGUUCUGGACAAAUUGAAAAUCUUCGAAGAGCUGAUUGAACCGACUGUUUUAAAUAUGUUUCGCUCAUGUAGAGGAGAUUGGAAUGGACCGAUCGAAUACACCGCGCUUUAUACACUUUGGUGGAAACUAUACACCGACACAACAGCAUUCAUUUCAAUGGAGGACGAAGAGGCUAUUAUGAUAAUUGAUGUUGAGACAUCGAAUUCUGAAAUGUGUGCUCCAUCAAAUGAACGUCAACAUAACACGGAGGUUUUCAUUGUUGGUGAUAAUGGACAAUUACUGAACUGUGAUGGUACUCAGGUCAUUGUAUUUGGAGACAACGAAGUUGUGGUCGACGAUAUGGCUGAUUCUAUCACCGAUACGAUAGUUCCGCCCGAUGCGAUCAUUCCGCUUGAUAUGAUAGUUCCGGCCGAUACGAUAGUUCCGCUUAUCGAAGAGUGCGACUCGAUGGUCAUCCAAAAUAGUGCUAUCGGUUGUGAUCGGUCGAUGAAAUUGAAUAUGGAAAGUAUCUUUGAUCAAAAACCAUUGGAAAUAGACGUAAGUGGACAAGGACAAUCGCAAAUACCAAUGUCCGAUGAUCCGAAAGAAAUGAGCAUCGACGAUAACAGUUUAAUCGAAAUGAACAUCGAAGACGAUAAGAACACCAAGGCCGACCCGACAAUUUUAACGAAACACAUCCAAUCGAAAAUGGCCGAUACACAAUCGUUCGACGAGGUUGCAUUCAAGAAAUCGUUUGUGGUUCCAAAACCGAAGGAAAGCAAGAAGAAGAAAAAUGUUCAGAAGGAAAGAGUAUCGACAGUUAUUACUAGUGAAGCUUGGAAAGAGAGUGAACAGAAAAAAUUACGGGAAAAGCAACGAGUGGAGGCCGAAAAAGAAGCACGGAAAAUUGAACGUGAACGGAAGAAAAUUUUGGCAGCUGAAUUGAAAGUCGAGAAGGAGAUUGCUAAAGAAAAGAAAAAAAUUGAGAAGGCUGAAAAGGAUGCUCAGAAAAAGAAGACUCGAAAAGGUACAAAAAAGAGUGUGUAAAAUAACUUUGGGCUAUUGUUGUAAUCGGAUUGUAUUGAACUUUAUUUUAAGCUAUUGUUACUAUCGGAUUGUAUUGAAUUUAAUUUUGAAUUGCCUACGGCCCAGUUCCAAAAC